CCUCCAUGUUUUAUGGGUUGGGGUUUAUUUUUCUGUUAAUCACAGAACCGUUUGCUUGCUCUUAGGGGUUUUGCCCGUUUUAAGUUAGAACUGCAUGAGGAGUAGGCCAAACAAAAGCUCUCACCUGCUCGUCUCUAUUGAAGAUUUGGUGGCACAGGUUGAAAAUAGUCAGCAGUUUUUUGCUACACAGUUUUUUCUUGGACCUCUGCUGUAACAGCACAUACAAUUUUCAUCAACAUGAUCUUUUCCACUGUGCCUUUUAAAAUCCCUUUUACCAAGCAGCAAACGUAUGUGUCCUCCAACUAUCAGAUGGCCCCAACCAGUCCCAACACCACCCCUGGGAGCAGCAGCAAUGGCAGCAACAGCAGUGGAGGAGGAGGAGGUGGCGGAGACCAGCUGAGUAAAACCAACCUCUACAUCCGUGGCCUCCACCCAGGCACCACAGACCAGGACCUGGUCAAUCUCUGUCAGCCCUAUGGGAAGAUCGUAUCCACCAAAGCCAUCUUGGACAAGUCCACCAACAAGUGCAAAGGCUAUGGCUUUGUUGACUUUGACAGUCCAGCCGGAGCACAGAAGGCGGUGACAGCGCUGAAGGCAGGGGGCGUCCAGGCCCAGAUGGCCAAGCAACAGGAACAGGACCCCACCAACCUGUACAUCUCCAACCUGCCCGUGUCCAUGGACGAGCAGGAGCUGGAGGCCAUGCUGAAGCCCUUCAGCCAGGUCAUCUCCACACGCAUCCUCCGCGACGCCGCCGGGAACAGCAGGGGGGUCGGCUUCGCCAGGAUGGAGUCGAAGGAGAAAUGUGAGACCAUCAUUCAGCACUUCAACGGCAAAUAUAUCAAAACCCCACCAGGUGUUCCCGUUCCGGCAGAGCCCCUCCUGUGUAAGUUUGCAGACGGAGGCCAGAAGAAGCGCCUCAGCCAGGGGAAGUACCUCCAGAACGGACGGCCUUGGGGCAGGGACGGAGACACGGGAGGGAUGACAUUGGCGUAUGACCCCACCACAGCCUUACAGAAUGGAUUCUACUCGUCUCCCUACAGCAUGGCUCCUAACCGGAUGAUUGCCCAGACCUCCCUCUCUCCGUACAUGCAUUCCCCAGUGUCUACCUACCAGGUUCACAACCCCUCCUGGAUGCAUCACCAGUCAUACCUCAUGCAGCCCACAGGGGCGGUCUUGACGCCAGGGCUGGACCACACCAUGUCCAUCCAGCCCACCUCAAUGAUGGGCCCUCUCACCCAACAACUUAGUCACCUCUCCAUGGCCAACGCUGGCACGUACAUGCCUGCUAACACAACUAUGCAGGGGACCUUCAUACCCCAGUACACACAAGUGCCUCCUGCCAACGUUUCAGUUGAGGAAAGUGCCGUCCAACAAGUUGCCAUAGAGACACCCACAGAACACACAGCCUACUCUUACCAGCAUGGCAAGUGAGGACAACACAGAGAGGUGGAGUCAUUGUCACGGGCCUCUGCCCACUGUCCAGCUCAGCGUGUGGAAGUGGGCCCUGGGGGGAGGACUAGGAACUGUUGCACAGUGGACCUUUACUUUACAAUAGAAACUAUACUUUAACCAGACCGGAGGAUGACAGUGGAAUAUGUUUAAGUGGAACAAGAACGGAGCAUCUAUUUUGAUAAGAGAAACUACUCGUCCAGUCAACAACAAAAAAAACUAAAACAAAGCAGGAUGACACUUUUGUGUGUGUGUGUGCGUGCACAUAAUUAUAUCGAGAUUUUCUACAAACAUUCUGGGGCGUUGUAAUGGAACCAGGAACAGGGAAGCGACGUGUCAUGUACAUUUUCUUUUUUCUAUUUAGUUUUCUUAUUGCUUUGAAUCUGUAUUUUUGGUACAUAUUUCAAGAGUCUCUUCUUCAGUAUCUUCCCUCUUUACUCUGCCUUGUUCUAUUUAAGUACUUUCAUGUUUUUGAAAAGAGAAGGCUAAGUACUCUAAGAUGUCUGCAACUGGGGCCAGUGUUGGUGCUAUCAAGCACAGAUUUGACUCAGAACAAAUAUUUCAGAAUAGAACAGAAUUAAAAGUGUUCUUAUCUCAUUAUUUUGGCACUUGAGUUAAUAUGUUACAAAAAACAUCACAACAAAUUUAUUCUAUGUUAUAACAUACCAACAGUCUGGAUAUGCGGAAAAAGCUACAGACAAUCAAUACAUCAAUGGAUUUGAUUGUUAAUGUUAGGGAUAUUUGGUCGAGGUAUAAAUAGCUAAUUGCUUCAAAUUGUAUUGAUCAACAAUUUUAAAAGAACAACUGUCCAUGCCAAAAGACUGGUAGUUAACAGUGAACUGGUUUCUUCUUUUAGUGGCAUGUAAAGCUCUUUUCCUUCAAACACUUUGAGUUUCUUUUAGUCAAAGUCUUCAAAUGAGAUGAUAAUUUAAUUUUGAUAAAUAGUAACAAUGCCAUUAACAAUGGCUUUUUUUGGUUUCACUUAGCUGAUUGGUCUCUAACAUUCAUAGUUUUUAUCUUGAUUUACAGAGAUUUAUUUAAAGAACGUUCCCAGAGAUUUUCUAUUCAAUUUUAAUACUUUUUAGAUCAACCAUAUUUUUUCAAGAGGUUUUGACUUUAUUUUUGGUAGUGUGCUAUGUGCUUAAAGUAGUGAAAUGUUCUUUUGGACAGUAGAUAUAAGUGCUUUUUAAGAUUUUAAGGUGCUCUGUCUGUGUAAUAAUGCUGUAAUUACACAUUUCUAUUACAUUAACUUUCUAUUUAUUAAUUUAUAUUGAAUUCGACCAGUCAUUAUUUUAUAUUGACCAAAACCUAUCCAUCUUUUGGCAAAUAUUAUAUUAGUCAACAUAAUUAAACCAUUGAUGAAUUACAGCAUUAUUAAACAGUAUUAGAGUGACUUAAUGUACAGUGUGAUCAAUCCUGCUUUUAUAUUAGUAUUGUGUUUGGCAUUUGGCUAUUCUAAUGAUUCAUUAUGUCUGGUUUUAUUGUUGAUCAGAUCAGAAGGCUGGAUGGGUCAGAUGUUUGUAAUCUCUGCAUCACGUUGGCACUUCAGUACUUUCACAAAAGUGAACAAAUAUGUCUGGGAAGUAAAAUAUUUUAACUGGAAUUUUCUCCCAAGUGUUUAGGGGAUAAUUCAAGAUAAAUUUUAUUACAGAUUACUCAUGCUAGUGGACUAUACAUUCAGCUGGGUGUUUAAAAGCAAGGUUCUGGGAUGUUCUGAAAGGCAGUAACCACAGUAGACCUCAAACCUGCCCACAGCUGGUACUGUGGCCAUAGUAUCCUCACUCUUCCGUCCAAUGUUGGAAGAACACACACCCCCGCAGUCACUCGUCCAAUAAUGCUGUUUUGUUUUCAAAAUAGCUGGUGAUCUAUGCAACAGAUUUAUUGUUCUGAAAGCAAUACUGCAGAUAAACCAGAUUCUUUCAUAUGAGGAUGCAUGGGUGUUGCUCCCAUGAUGGUAGGACAAAUAACUUGCUUUGAUAUCAACAGAGAUGUAUGUUUUAUUUGAUUUAAACAUAACUGUCCUGGCUUCCUGUCCAUCUAAUGGUAAAGAAAUUAUGUGCAAAAGGGAAUUUUAUGACAGACCACAGGAUACUGGCCACCUGCCAUCCAUUCAAAUGGAACUGUCCUUGACGUUUUAGAACAAACAUGUUUAAUAUUAGUUUUGUGUUACUACCAAAGAUGUCAUCAAAUGGUCGGUGGUCCGGUAAGCUGUUUCACCCUUAUUGGAGCAAUGUCGUUUUCUCAUUCUUACUUUCUAUUCCUGUUUGAUGCGCAUAGAUGGGGAUCUUAAAAUCUGAUUAUUAGUUCAUGGUCAUUGUGGAAUGACAAUAGAUGGUUUGCUUCCAUCAGAAGAUAAGUAGUAACACUUUUUCACAGAAAUGCCUUAGCUGUCACUUGGGAAAGACGUAAAAAGGUGCUACUCAAAUUAAAUGGAUUUCUGUUAACUUUGAUCAUGCACUGCUUAGAUGUUUCAUGUUUUGUUAUGCAUUGAUGUACAUUUGGAUCAAAUCACUUCAAUAACGCAUUUGUCAUGACACAGGAAAGACGUUUUGACAAAUAAAUGACUGUUUUGAGUCCAAACCAUAGUUUGUGAGGUUUUCUGGAACCAAAUUAUUUUCCAGUCCAUCAUUAUUCAAGAUUUUCUUAACCCUUGUGUUAUCUUCGGGUCAUUCUGACCCAUCAGUCAUUGUGACCCACCUUCGUAUUGCGACAGAUUUACCGCAUACAAAGACAAAGUGAAGCAUUUUCUUUUAACAGCUAGGCUGUCUCAGACCCCCCACAUUGCAAAGGUUAAAAGAAAAUUAUUUUAAUUUGUUUUUGUAUUGGGUAAAAUUGGGUAAACACAACGAUGGUUCGUUAUGAACCUUUGGGUCAUGUGACCCGAAGGCAGCACGAGGGUUAAUGCAUUUGUCCUUUUUCAGAGUUCACUGAAUGGUUCACUAAAUGGUUUAAAACAGAUUAAAUAUUGUGCUGCUAAUUUUAGAUUUGGAAGUAGGUUACUAUUGUGUAUCUAGAAUGAAAUAUACAGUAGGUUGAAUGACUUUUCUGAAGUCAUAUUAUGUGGAAAUAUCACUGGUGAAAAAAAGGUCUGGGUAGUUGUUUAGAUGAUCACGUGUAUCCAAUGGCAAAUUUUCAACUUGUUUGGUUUCUCAGUUAUUUGUCCUGUUGUGCCACGUGUUUCCCUUGUAGAAAACUAUGGCUUUGAAUAUGUUUUUUUGUGUGAUGUUUUUGAGCUGGGUAAUUCUUUUAAUUAAAAUUGUUUUUUUCACGUA